CUUAUGAUUUUGACAAAAUGUUCCAAAAUACUAUAUUCUUAAGCCAAUUAUGGCGUUUGUGUGGGUAUAGAGAACUACAUUUUAAUGGUAAUUAAGCGAUGAAGAAGGAAAAUAGCGUUUUUGUUCGGUCUUUUCGGUAUCAUUGCCAUGGAUUGUAUUUUUUGUUAAAUUGUACUUUGAAUCAUUCGGGACUAGUGCGAGGAACUAAAUUAAUUCCAUAAUGCAAAAGUUACUCCGACGUCAAUGGAGAUACUAUAACAGGUUGAGCUGAUUGGGAACUCAGAAGAAUGGCAUUGUGGGAGAAGACUCCAGAUGUAAUUCUGGGAAGGAUAUUCAGUUGCCUUUCUUUGGUGGACAAAGUUAGUGUGUUUCAGACCUGUUCUACUUGGCGCCAGGCUCUGGAACGAGCAGAUGCCUGGCCCCUAUUUAAGUAUUCAGAGGGUUUGAUUUGGGAGGAGAUUUUUGAAAUGGGCAUUCCAUCUUCCUUGGAGGAUCUGCAGCAGUGCGAAAAUAUUCAUCAGAAUGUUUUGGCAUGUGUUGACAAAUUUGGAAGAUACAUGAAAAAUAUAAUUAUUGCUAUAAGAAGUUCAUCUUCAUUUGAAGUCUACAUGAAAUUAGUUCAAAACUGUACCAAUGCUAAAAAUUUUACAUUGAUUUCAAUGUGUGCAGACUUUUCUGAAAUGGAACUACUGAAAUGCUCAUUACAUGAAUUUCUUCAGAGAAACAACACCAUAAGAAAAUUGAAUAUAGAAAACAUAGAUGACAGUGGGAUGAAAAAUGCGCCUUUGCCAUUUGGAUUGAAACAUUCAAGUCAUCUUCAGAGUUUAUGGAUUGUAAACUCCUUCCGCAGCAGCUGUCUGAGCAACUUAAUGUACCUUGUGAACCUUUCAGAGUUAGCCCUGACUCCUCACCAAUUAAACUUCAGUCUCCUCAAGCACCUGGCCUCCCAUUCUCUCAAAGAACUCCACAUUGUGGCCAAUGCCCAGACCAAGGGGUUUUACAAUGAGGCAAUCAGUGACGCUCAGUGGGGGGAGAUAAGAAAGCAUGGACCUAAACUCAGAGUCCACUGUUUUCUAGCAAGAGCUCAUGAAUGGACUGAGAAAGAAGUGUUUCUGAAACCAAGCAUGCCACUAACAUCACUAAUAUACAGGAAAAAUGUCUGGAUAAAAUACCUGGAGUCAGUGUGCACGCUAAUGUCAUACCACAGAGAUACUCUGACCACCUUUGUUGACUUCAGCCUGACCAACCAGCCCUAUAACUACCCCACCCCACUGGCCUAUGGGGACAGGGUGGACUGUCACAUGAUCAGACUGGCUCGACAGUGUCCACUUAUUCAGACUCUGACUAUUAAGGAGGCCCUUUCCAGUGCUGCCAUUCUUCUAAUGGUGUAUUAUAAUAGGAACUUAACAGAUUUACUCGUGCGGUGUGAUAUGGUAUUAUAUGUUAAUGAUUUACCAAAUGAUAUUGAAACAGAUUUAGUUGCCAAACAUUUUGUUGAGGAUAAUUAUGAGAGGGAUAAUUUUGAAAAUGCUGUAUCAUCACUGUUAGGAUCUGAAUGGCAUGUUUUAGAUAUAUCAGAAUUUUAUGAAAUUAUUGAUUUGAAAUAUUCUAAAUAUUCCCAAUGUUUAUAAGUUUUUAAAAAGUAUAUUGGCAUAACUAAAUUAUGAUUAAGAAAUCAGUAAGUAAUUAGUUAGAGAGUUGACCUGCACAAUCAUGACUGGCUGAAAAGAAAAUUGUCAGUAUUAUUUUAUAUAAACUUUCUUGACGUUCCUAGCUAAGGGUUUGUGUUUUUGAAAAGCAGUCAAGCUCAUAGCUGCAGAACUGCAUGAAGCUCUCUGAAAAAAAAAAUGUGACAGACCCUUAAGCUUUCUGGUCUGUCACAAUUUCUUUUUCCAGAGAGCUACAGUUCUGCAGCUAACAGGUUCACAAAUCAUUGGCUCGCUUGCACAGUUGGAGAAACUUGAUUGUCUUGCUUGUGUUAUUAUGUGAUUUAUUUUUGACAAGAUUAAAACUUCAAGUAUGCA